CGUAUCAAAAAGCCCGUGUCCUGACCGCAGUACGCAUCGAGUGGAUAGUGUUUAAUAAUUUUUCGCCUUGUCCUUUUUUCUUUACUUGGGAGUAAUAUAUUUGGAAUAUACAUGCAGUCGUCAAGCUCAACAGAGAAAUGCGCUGCUAGUCUGGAAAAGACUGCUAGAUGUUGAGCUCUCUGUUUGCUGUAUGAGGGACACAACUGCACAGAUGGAGUCAAGGGUUCCCCACCACAUCCCUGGAGUGUCUUCCUCCAUUAUAUCCCAGCCGUUGCUGGACAGUAGUGUCCCCUAUGGAAGGCUCCAGUACCCGCUCACCAUCUUCCCCAUCGACCAGAUUAAGUCCUCUCACAUGGAGAACGACUAUAUUGACAGUCCGGCUGUGGUCUCCCAGCAACCCCCCAGCCAGAAGGUUGCCAAAAGGGGGUCCCACGAGCCACUGCUAGGGGCCCCCCAGCUGGCGCGCUGCGACCCCAACGACACCACCACACACCCCUGGAUCUCCUUCAGCGGGCGGCCCAGCUCCAUCAGCAGUAGCAGCAGCACCUCGUCAGACCAGAGGCUGCUGGACCACGCAGCCCCUACCCCCGUGGUGGACCACAGGUCCACAGUAGUCACCACCAGGACCCUCUGUUGCGAGCCCAAGGUGCUCACUUCCAAGCCUCUGGACCUAAAGGCUGCUGCCCAGGGGGCCAUGGGGGUGGACAAGAAGCACAUGUUGCUGUGUGAGACAUGUGGUAAGUGCCGCUGCACAGAGUGCACCCUGCCCCGGACCCUGCCUUCCUGCUGGGUGUGCAACCAGGAGUGCCUGUGCUCGGUGCAGAGCCUGGUGGACUCGGCCACCUGCAUGUGCCUGGUCAAGGGCAUUUUCUACCACUGCACCGAGGAUGAGGACGAUGAGGGCUCUUGCGCCGACCGCCCAUGCUCCUGCCAACAGUCUAACUGCUGCGCACGCUGGUCCUUCAUGACGGCCAUGUCCCUGGUGCUGCCCUGUAUGAUGUGCUACCUGCCCGCCAUGGGCUGUGUCAAACUGUCGCAGAAGUGCUACGAUAAAACCAGCCGCCCGGGCUGCCGCUGCAAGAACUCCCAGCAGGCCUGUAAGAGUAUGGAGGCCAAGGCUGGAGGCCAGGAGAAACAGUCCUCAUGAUACUAACUGGCUGUUGCCUUAUCAAUACCCUUUGGAUAGACCAAUCCUCCCACCUGCUGGAGGACUUCCCAAAAACUAUGGUACUUACAGAAGGGUUCACACCUGUCCUUCUCAGUUCUAGUGAUGUUAUGCCACACGAGUUAAAAUAGGUCUGUCUGCUAGAUCUGUUGGCCUAGACAACUGCUUGCCUCAGAACCCAUCCGUAUAAGUGUAACAGACUGGUGGAUUUUGUUUUAUAAAAUGGCUGAAGGCACAAGUCAUACUCCCUCUAUACGGCUCUGAAUUUAUAGCUUCAUGAUAGCUAGCUACUCCAUGACAAAUUGGACACCAGUUGUUUUCCCCCUAACAUAAAGAUAUAUGUUUGAGAAAAUAAGCCUGUUCCAAAGCAGUUUCCCUCAAAUUUUUUGCAAACUGUUGGUUUUCCUUUUUGGUAGUUUAGGAUACUUCAAGUGAAACUACCACCCACUCUCCCCUAUAUAUGAACAGUCUUUAGGUUUAAGUCCCACACAAGCUUUCCUGUUGCUAGCUUGAUGUCGGGCUUUUUAGGUCAAGGUGACAACGUGAGAGGUAGUCACGUGGCUUUGGAGCGAUAGUCUGUUUUUUAUAUUCUUGUUUGUGUGCUCGUACGAUAUGUAAGGUCAUACCACAAGUGAGUGAAAAACUGUGUUUAGGAUUGCCUGACUUGAUCACUUUCUAUUUCCUUAAGGGGAAACGUAAUGUGGAUUUUAACCUAGCUUUUACCAAUCACUUCGGAAAAAUUGCAUGUCAUGCGCUGCAUGAUGUAACUUAGUGCUUAACCCCAGUGCUAGAUGUGGAUGUGUUGUAGAAAAACCUCCUCAGGGAUUGUUCCUCAUCAGUAGAAUUUGGUCUAGCACGUCAAAACUGCUUGAAAGCCUAGUUGACUUCACUUUGCACAAGAGGCGAAGAACCGUUUGAAAAAGGGCAAAAGGGCAACGGUGAAUUAUUUAGGAAGAGUGAGAGGAAAUGGGUGGAAAAUAGUGUUUUCAGGAAGAGGGAGAAGGUAGAGUGAAGUUGUAGCGUACCUAGCCAGCCUUAGUGAAAUCCAAUCUGCCACUUGCACAACCUUUUUAGAUGAAGCAAACCUCUUAUGCUGGACUAAAGCACAGUAUUAAGUAUAAAGGCGGAAUGUAUUUUUGCAUUACUCUGUGAACUACUUUGAGUCCACAUUGUAUACCCCACUACUCAAAAAAAGGAGAGUUUGUCUUAUGUUAGAAAUAUUCUUUAUCUUUUUUUUCUCAACCUAUUUUUGUGUCUUGCAUGGAGUUCCAAUGACUUUGCCAAAAGGAGUUUAGUAUAGCUUGUUUAGCUGUCUAAGGGAUCAUAUGUGUUAUGCACUUGCCAAAUGGUCGGAAGGCAAUUGUUCUUAAAGGUACGGUGCCCUUUUUGCAGUUUGCUUCAGUUUGGCAUAAUUCUGUCAUGUUGGUUCUAAGGUCCCCUAAUAACAUUAAGACCUGUCGCCUUCUCAUGUUUGUACUUGUCUUGUUGCACAAAGCAGAAAACAUACAGGAGAAAACACUGUUCUUAGUCUUGAAUGUAUAAGGCAAUAUUACUUUCAAAUGUUUGCAAUUCAAUCCAAGGAAAGGUGCCAAAAUUGGGAAUGAUUUUGUGGCUGGCAAAGCCGGGGAAAAAUUGCAAAUGUGUUGACAACAUGUUAUAGAAAUAGACCUAUGCAGGUGACAUGCUGUUGUAAAUAGUUUCAAGACACGUGUUCUUUAGAAGAGUUUUAAAUGUCCUCGAAAAAUUGCAUGGUACAUUAUAACUACAAUUCAGUACAAAAUAUAUAGAGAUAUGUAGAUAUAUAUUUUGGGGGUAAAGUUGAAGUUGAGGGGAAGAGGGUGGGGCGGGGAAGACAUAUUUCUAUCAUAAGCACUUGACUUAGAAAAGUGUGCCCUGCAAUAAAAAUACCUCUGUUUAUGCUAUUCAUGCCUCAUUAGCAGGAGAGAGGCGACGCUAAUUCCCAGUCCCUCAGUGCCCCUGAAACUGUGGACUCAUUGAAUCCACUGAAGGAAUACAAUUUCGGCCUAUCCGGAUCACCCCUUAGUCCUUUUUGUGCUCAGUGUCGCAACUUUUUUCCACUUCCCAAGUUGUCCGACAAAUACCCUUGCCUUGAUUGACAAAUACAGCUGCUGUGCAUAAAUUGUCAAAACCACCGGUAGGGAAAGAGAACUCUCUCAAGCUACAUUCCAUUCCAUCUUGUUUAAUAGUGGUUGUCUUUUGCUUUUCUGCUUUUAAAAAAAAUGUCUGUCUCUCACUGUGGCUAGGGUAAAAUCCUUAGCUCCAAACUGCGUUAGCUUUAUGUUUAUACCAUGUGUUUGCUGGCCUGUUAAGGUAUUGAAUGAUGACCAACCAUGACAACUCAAUGAUUAAACUUUUUUUCUGUUAGAAUGCUGUGACUUAAACUCCAUUUUGUGGUACACUGUGGCCACUAGAAUUUUCUUCAACUCAAUCAAAAGAACCUUUUAAACUGCUGGCUUCUGCUAUUCAAUUUCUUUGCCUUUGCCAUGUCAAUGUUGAUUGAAAAAGAAUCAAAAAGAAAAAUUCUCACAUAUAACAUUUUCCCUUUAUAGAUAUAUUUAUUUUGAAGUUCUAUUUUAUAUAGUAUUUAUUUAGAUGCCAACUUUUGUUUGAAGAAAGCUUAUGUCGAAACAGAAUGUACAUUGACAUUGGAAAUAUAUAUUGUUAAAUAUAAACAAGUUGUGGUGUCUG